AUGCUUAACAAUAAGUUUACAGCAAAUCAGAUCACCGAGUACAACCUCACAAACCUCAAGAAGCUCGUCGAGCAGGGCCUCAAAGGUGUGGAUAAGAAUCACCCGCACUUCAAUCGCGUGAAGAUUUGCUGCACGCUGGGCCCGUCUUCGUUCAACGUUGAGGUCAUAGCAGGAAUGAUCAGGGCAGGUGCCGAUAUUAUUCGCAUCAACUUCUCUCAUGGCAACACAGACGAUCAUACUCAAAUUUUCCACAAAGUCCAGCAGGCAAUGCAACUGACCGGCAAGACUGUCGCAAUAAUGGGGGAUAUCCAGGGACCGAAGCUCAGGAUUGCCGGCUUCUCUAACCCAGACAACUGUAUAGAGCUCAAGGAAGGCCAGGAGUUCACUUUGGAUCAUAACAACGUGAACGGCGAUGAGUCCAGGGUGUAUCUUCCCCAUAAAGAGUUCUUUGCUGUCUGCGAGCCUAACGAUGACAUCAUCCUCAACGACGGCUACAUCCGUUUGGUUGCCACGAGCGUUGAUCGUCAAGCCAUGAGAAUCGUCACGAGAGUGAAAACCGGCGGGAAGCUCGGAGCCCGCAAGGGGAUAACCAUUCCCACGCGCAUUCUCCCACUGAGUGGACUAUCACCCAAAGAUCUGGGAGACAUCAGAAAUGCAUGCAGACUCGGGAUGGACUGGAUUGCCCUCUCGUUUGUGCAGACUAAGGCUGACGUUAUUGAAGCCCGAGAUUACAUUGCGAAGCUCCACGCAGAAAAUCCGGCAAGCUUCUGCCCGCGCGUAUGCAGCAAGAUUGAAAAGCCCACGGCAGUCCUUGACAUCGACGACAUUGCACUACUUUCUGACAUGCUCAUGGUCGCUCGCGGGGACCUGGCUAUCGAAACAUGCCUAUCUAAGGUUUGCUCUAUCCAGAAGUACAUCUGUGAACGAGCGCGUUAUCACGGCUGCCAGGCAAUGGUCGCGACGCAGAUGGUUGAGUCUCUUAUCGAGAACACCGUUCCCACAAGAGCAGAGGUGACAGAUGUUGCGUCGGUGUGCUUUGACGGGGCUAAUUCUGUGUUGGUCACCGCCGAAACCGCGGCCGGACACGACCCGGUCAACGUUGUCAAGGUCCUCCGUUCAAUCCUUACUACCACAGAACAGUCUGAGGCCUUUAUCAAGCAGGUUCUGACAGACAACUAUAUCAACCAACGCACCUCGAAGGAGCACAAGCGUCCUGAUUCCAUAGCACUGGGGGCGUGUCUACUCGCUCGAGAGCUUGGAGCGAAACUAAUCAUUGUUUUCUCGAAGAGUGGCAACUCAACUGGUCGUGUUCUUCGUCAACUCCCGCACUGCCCUGUCCUUUGCAUCACAUCGGAGCAGCGAUCCUACCAGUGGCUCCACAUGUGCUGGGGAUGCCGCCCUGUUCUCCACCCCGGAAACAUUGACAGCAUGAAGACUCUGAUCAGUGUGGCUGACACACAUGCGCUUGAAUCAGGGCAGGCGGAGCGUGGAGACGCAGUUGUCCUCGUCUUUGGCACGCCGUUCUCUGACGUGAACCGCAAGGGCUGCAACAAUAUAAUGGCGCACGUUGUUGGUGGGGGCUCCUUCAACAACAGUACCGACGUGGAGUACGGUGUUACCCCUCAGUUGGCAGAGCUGACUCCCGUGGUCGGGGAUAGUUAA